CUACGAUCCUCUAUUGGAUAAAGUGGUCAGAAAAUGGAUGGAUGGAAAUCACAAAGAAUGCAAACAGCUGAACACUCAACAAGAGAGACAGGAACCAGUAAAUGAUGCAGGACAGGUCAAGGUCACAGUCCUCUGGCGUACUGCACGUGGAAGAGCUCUAGCAGGGACCAGCUGAAGGAAUAUGCGUUGCCAGGUGAUAGUCUUGUAAACGUUUGUUCCAGCACCCUCACGUACAGUUUUUGUGCAGCUAGUGAGCUUGUGUGCACCAUGAUUGGCUGACAGGACUACCUGCCUGAUGCUUCCUGGUUGAACAUGAUGCUGAUCAGCCAGCUGGAGGCUGGACGUCAGUCCAGCAGCAGGUGACCGUGGGACAGAAGCAGCAGGGAAGUCAGCUGUCUGGAUUGAGAGCCCCAGAUCUAGAUCCAGCCAUGACUGAACCGCCGGACCAGCCCCUGAAUACCGACCAGCAGAGGGAUCUAUGCCGAAACUGUGGUGAGACCGUUGAGGUGCCGCAGGGACUGGACCCUGAGACGGCGUGUCGCUGUUUCUGCGUACUUAACGAACAGAAAGGAUGUCUGGUGAUGGACACUUCGAGCAGGGAAACACAAUCCAAUGACUUUAAGGCAGAGCAAGUCAGGGACAGUGAGAUCGACAGCUGUGGUGGUGAAAUAGAGUUCAUCGGAACGAGUAAGAAACGAGGCAAGUUCAUCAGGGUGCACUGCACCACCGACCCGGCCGCCAUCUACGAGCUGCUGACGGAGGAGUGGUGCCUGAUGGCCCCCCACCUGGUGGUGUCCCUGGUGGGGGGAGACGAGCUCUUCCAGAUGAGGCCGUGGCUGAGGGACACAGUGAGGAAAGGGCUGGUGAAGGCCGCCCAGAGCACAGGUGCCUGGAUCCUCACCAGUGGGCUGAGGUUUGGCAUCACGAAGCACCUGGGGAAGGCCGUGAGAGACCACUCCUUGGCCAGCACGUCCUCCAAGGUGAAGGUGGUGGCCAUCGGAAUAGCUCCUUGGAAGAUGAUCCACAAUAAGGAAGUUCUGCUCACUGCCAAGCCAGACAAGCCUGCCUUGUAUCAGUCAGAAGACCUUCCACAUGGCUCAGUCUACUCUCUGGACUGCAACCACUCCCAUUUCGUACUGGUGGAUGAGGAUGAAGAGCACCCAGGAGGAACCACAGAGAUGAGGAUCAAGCUACUGAAACACAUAUCUGAGCAGCACACUGGGUAUGGGGGAACCGGCAGCAUUGAGAUCCCUGUUCUCUGCUUAUUGGUUCAUGGAGAACCCAAGAUACUGAAGAGGAUGUACAGAGGGAUGAUCAACUCCACACCAUGGUUGAUCUUGGCUGGAUCAGGGGGGAUCGCUGAUAUCCUGGUUACCCUCAUGAAUGGCCCCUGUGACCCCGACUCUGUACAGGAGCAGCUGGUGGAGACUUUUCACACAGAGUUUGAGUGGGCAAACAUUUCAAAAUGGACCAAACUUAUUCAUAAAAUCUUAGAGCACAGACACCUCUUGACAGUUCAUGACCCAGAGCAGGAAGGAUCUGAAGAGCUGGACACUGUCAUUCUCCGUGCCCUGGUCAAGGCUUGCAAGAGCCAAAGCCAGGAAGCUCAGGAUUAUCUUGACGAGCUGAAACUGGCCGUAGCCUGGAACAAAGUGGACAUAGCCAAGAGCGAGAUCUUCAACGGAGAUGUGGAGUGGAGGGCAUGUGACCUUGAAGAGGUAAUGAUGGACGCUCUGGUCAACAACAAGCCAGACUUUGUGAAGCUCUUCGUUGACAAUGGGAUAAACAUGAACGAGUUCAUGACCUACGGGAAGCUCCAGGACCUGUACUGCUCCGUUUCGGAGAAGAGCCUCCUGCACGAGCUGCUCCUGAAGAAGCACGAGGAGAAGCAGCUCAUCCUGGCAGCCCGCAACCCCGGCGGCCACCACGAGUCUGUCCCGAAGAAGACACGCUUCACGCUCCACGAGGUCUCCAAAGUCCUCAAGGACUUCCUGCACGACUCCUGCAAAGGCUUCUACCAGGACAGCACGAAGAGAACUCCGACAGAAAAGUCUGGAAAGACGCGGACAUCUCAUGGAAACAAGUGCUUACCGGAUAUGAGCCAAAAAUGUGAUAACCCCUGGAGAGAUCUGUUUCUGUGGGCUGUACUUCAGAACAGGCAGGAGAUGGCAAACUUCUUCUGGGCCAUGGGGCCUGAGGCAGUGGCUGCCGCGCUGGCCGGCUGUAAAAUCCUGAAGGAAAUGGCUCACCUGGAGUCUGAGGCCGAGUCUGCGCGGAGCAUGAAAGAGGCAAAAUAUGAGCAGUUCGCCCUGGACCUGUUCAGCGAGUGCUACUCGAACAGCGAGGACAGGGCCUACGCUCUUCUGGUGAGGAAGACCAAGUACUGGAGCAAAGCCACCUGCCUCAACCUGGCCACAGAGGCCGAUGCCAAGAGCUUCUUUGCCCACGAUGGAGUUCAGGCACUGCUGACAAAAAUCUGGUGGGGAUCCAUGACAGCAGACACAGCGAUCUCAAAACUAGUGGUGUCUUUCUUUUUCCCUCCACUAAUAUGGACAAACUUUAUAAAAUUCAGCAGUGAGGACGAGCAGCAUGGCGGCCGAGGAGGAGAAGAGUUUGCGGAGCUGGACAGCCUGGACACAGAAAAGGCCCUGUUGCUCACAGAGGAGGAGAACAUAGAGAGCAGGAAGGUCGAAAGCCAGAGCCCACAGAACCACAAUGUCUGGAGCACGUUCCUGUUCAGGAGGUGGCAGCGGUUCUGGAGCGCUCCCGUGACCGUGUUCCUGGGCAACGUAAUCAUGUACUUCGCCUUCCUCUUCCUCUUCACCUACGUGCUCCUGGUGGACUUCAGACCCCCUCCUCCCGAUGGGCCCUCCAUGGCCGAGAUCACCCUCUACUUCUGGGUCUUCACCCUGGUGCUGGAGGAGCUGCGACAGAGCUUCUUCACUGAUGAAGACACCAGCAUCGUGAAGAAGUUCAAGCUGUAUGUGGAGGACAACUGGAACAAGUGUGACAUGGUGGCUAUUCUUCUCUUUGUGUUUGGGGUGUCCUGCAGGAUGCUGACAUCGAUGUAUGAGGCUGGACGCACGGUCUUAGCCUUGGACUUCAUGGUGUUUACUCUGCGUCUCAUCCACAUCUUUGCCAUCCACAAGCAGCUUGGUCCAAAGAUCAUCAUUGUGGAGAGGAUGAUGAAGGAUGUCUUCUUUUUUCUGUUCUUCCUGAGUGUGUGGCUCCUGGCCUAUGGGGUUGCCACCCAGGCCCUUCUUCAUCCCAACGAGAACAGAGUGGACUGGAUCUUCAGGAGGGUCCUCUAUAGGCCCUACCUCCACAUAUUCGGCCAGAUCCCCUUGGAAGAGAUCGACGCGGCUAAAAUGCCUGAGCUCAAUUGCACCACAGACCUGUUUGAGAUCAUGGAGGAAACACUGCCCCCUUGUCCAAAUCUGUAUGCCAACUGGCUAGUCAUUCUCCUGCUGGUCAUCUUCCUUUUGGUCACCAAUGUGCUGCUACUGAACCUUCUGAUCGCUAUGUUCAGCUACACCUUCCAGGUGGUGCAGGAGCACACGGACAUCUUCUGGAAGUUUCAGCGCUUCAACCUGAUCGUGGAGUACAGCAGCAGGCCAGCCCUGGCUCCUCCCUUCAUCAUCAUCAGCCACAUCUCCCAGGUCGUCUUCAGCAUGUUCAAGAAGUCCGAGUCCAAGACGGAUCCCCUAGAAAGGGAAUUACCAGAAGCUUUGGACCAGAAACUAAUGACUUGGGAGACGGUGCAAAAGGAAAAUUACCUGGCCAAGCUGGAGAAACGAAAGAGGGAGAGUAGCGAGGAGAGGCUGAGAACCACAACCUCCAAGGUGCAGUCCCUUCUGAAAAUUGUUGGAGGUCAUAAGGAACAGGAAAAACAACUCUUAUCAGUUGAGACGCAGGUCAAGUACUGCAGUGAUGUGCUGUCCUGGAUGGCCGAAUGCUUUUCACAGAGCACACUCCGCUGUGACAGAAAUGUCCCAAAAGACCCACGCUCGGCAGGGAAGUGGUCUAAGCAACAACAGAAAACAACGACAGAAGAAGGAAACAAAGACAGCAGGAAAAUGGACUCGGCACAAAGCCAAUGAAAACAACUCUGAGAGAACAACAUCAUCCACAGCUUCACCAAAACAACUUGAGCUCCAGCACAGACAGUAAUGCUGCUAAAAUGCAGCAUAUAAAUGAGAGUCAGUGGAUGUUUUUGUCCAGUGUUUAUGUGUUCAGGCAUUUGUUAACUCUACAAAUAAUUCUAACAGCAUGUGAAAUAAUUUCUCACAGAAACUACAUUUAAACUACAUUCAAGACAGCUUUGUAAAAUCAUAGCUGCCAUGGUAAUACAAUAACUAGGCAGAGUUCAGAUUCUCUCUAUGCCUUCUGUUUUUCGCAAAAAAUAUCCAAAUGUGCCCUAAACACAUAAAUAUAUCAUAAAACGUAAAUUUGUGGCAGAGAAAGAUUUUUUUUUUGUUCCUGGUCUUUCUCUCAUGUUUGUAGUUGUUUAUGAAUUUAAAACUAGGAGUCAAACUGUUAGUUGUACAUCAAAGGUACUUCAAAUAAACACUUAUAGCUUGUUACACCACCUUAAACAUUUACAUUAGCAGUCUUUACUGAUGUCUCAAUGUUGUAAAACAAAAAUAAAACAAUGCUAAAUAGAAAAACAGUGGUAAGUUAAAGGGCUAAUUUCAAAUGUUUUGCUUUGUUAUACUUUUGUUUUACACUGUUUUUCUGUUUAGCAUGGAACAGGAGGUGAACAUGUCAAGCACAGCUCUGGCAUAGACCUCCUGCGUGUCAGCUUGAGCAACUUGUGUAAACAUCUGUUCAUACCUCAGAAAAAAGCAGCUGCAAAACAGCAGAUUCAUAUUUGUCAGCUGACACAGUCUUUGUUUUUUUAAUUAUCUUGGUUUUUUUUAGCUGGAACUUACAGUGGUUAAUAUUUGAAGAAAUAACAGGCAAAUUAAGAUUAAGACCUUCACCUUAGAAAUAUUGCCGCAUUAAGCAAUUUUGAUCAAUGUCUGAUGCUGUGCCUGAUCCCUGCAUUUAUAAUGUUAAGGCUUGAUUUCUCCAACUCUUUACCCUAUGGGCUCCCUAAUUCUCUUCUUAACAAGUUGCAAUACAGUAUGUUCAAAACUCUGCAGAUAGACUGGUUACUCACACCAGACCCUGGCAGCACAUCACUCCUACACUAAAGUCUCUACAUUGGUUGCCUAUAAAGUCUCGUAUUCAAUACAAGAUCUGGUUGCUGACUCUCAAGGCCCUGAACACUCUGGCUCCAUCACACAUCUCUGAACUCCUCCAUGUUUCACUCCCCUUUCGGCUCCGUUCAGUAGAAGCUGGACCUCUGCUCACUGUAGGCAGGACUAAAUCACUUUUGGUGACCCUGCCUUCUCUGCAAAAUACAGGGCCUGAUGCAGACUGUUAAAGAGGUGGCACAACUUACCUUCACUACGUUUGAAGUUAUGUUCAUUUCUGUGUUACACUGCUCUGUGUGGGUCCCUAUUAUACUGCAGGACAGCCAAAGAAGCUGAGAUAAUUAGAUUUUUUUUAUUAGAUCAAAAUACAUAAAAAACAGUUUAGU